AUGGCGUCUGCUGAUGUAAAAAAGGCAGUCCUUCGCAUGGACAUCGAUCGCGGAGGUGCCUUCGAUUUCUCAAACUGUAUUCGUAAUCAGGCUAUUUGCAAAAUGGGUGGAAAAAUGCCAAAAUUGACCAGCACCGGUACAACAAUUGUCGCCGUCUCGUUCAAGGGCGGUGUUGUCAUGGGCGCCGAUUCUCGUGCCACCGCUGGCAACAUCAUCGCCGACAAACACUGCGAGAAGGUCCACAAGCUCACAGAAUCGAUUUAUGCUUGCGGUGCCGGAACUGCCGCCGAUCUUGAUCAGGUCACAAAAAUGCUAUCAGGAAGCCUUCGUCUUAUGGAGCUCAACACCGGACGAAAAGCUCGUGUUAUCUCAGCGCUUCGCCAGGCGAAACAACAUUUGUUCCAGUACCAAGGCUACAUUGGGGCUUAUUUAUUGAUCGGCGGUGUUGAUCCAACCGGACCGCAUCUUUAUAUGUGCUCGGCCAAUGGUACCACAAUGGCGUUCCCAUACACCUCGCAAGGUUCAGGAAGCUACGCGGCUAUUACGAUCCUCGAACGGGACUACAAACCGGACAUGACGAAAGAAGAAGCUGAAAAAUUGGUGCAGCGCGCUUUGGAGGCUGGAAUGCACGGAGAUAAUGCUUCAGGAAACAGCUUGAAUCUUGUGAUCAUUGAGCCCAAUGAGACUGUCUUCAAGGGACCAAUUGUUCCGGAAUUCUGCAAGCGUCCGGAGCCGAAUGACCUCGAGUAUAAGUUCAAGACCGGCGCCACCAAGGUGUUGAAGCACAAGACUUACAAGUACGACAUUAUCGAAUCCAUGGACAUCAGCCAUUGA